AUGGAUGAAGUUGAUCGCGAUGCUGCCACAAAAGAGGAAGAAGACCUCAAAACAACAGUGGACAGGGAGUGUGCUACAGUAGAUAAUGAUCAUAACACAAAUGGUAUGAUAUCAGACUAAAGCCUAGUCAAAUGUUAUGUCUCUGUCUUGGGGCUGGGACUUAGCAUGUGCCACAUAUGAAAUAAAACUCUUGUUAAGUCCGUCUGCGAAACAGCACUGAAAUUCUUGUUCUGGGCCCCCACCUGUCUGCCAGGAUUUGAGUACGUGCUAUGAUUGGCCUGUUAAAAAAGCUAUUGUCCAUUGUUAAUUUGCCAAUCAGAAUGAAAGAAAAUUCAAAAUGCAUUUCCAGUAACUGGUUGACACCGUUGCAGGCCAAGAACGAGGAUCUUGGCGCUGCUUAGCAAAUGUUACUAACAGGGGUCAAAUUACGUCUGCGACGCAGGCUAGCUGGGACUAGGCAAUAGUAGAAUUUGCUUGGGAUAUGUAUAACUGCCAUUGAUAUUGAAUCCUAUAUUGAAUUCUUUUGGAGUUGAGAAAAUGCAGGCACAGAUGUCCCAGCCUGCUUUAUUACAAUGUUUUACAGAAAGGAGCUGAGGCACAAACAAGAAUCCAAGUUUAAAAGCUUUCUGGGUGUGCACAAUGCAAGCCUUCCAUUAGAUCAAUAAUAUACUGCACCUGAAGGGUGUCAAGAAGGAAUGGGGUGAUACUUGCUUUUCUUUUAGCUAAAUGACCAACCCUCAAUCACUCUUUCUACUCUUCCCGAUGGUGUGUGGGGCAAUUUAACCAAUAAUGAUAUUAAGUAUAAAAGAAACAAAUUAAAAUCAACAAAAAUAGAGGCAGGGCCACCUCACAAUCUUUUCUUGUAAACAAAGUGGAAGGAUGAUCACUAAAUGUUUUUAUACUAGGCAACAACAACUUUCAAGUAUUAACUGUUAAAAAUGUUAUUCAGUAACAUCACAAAAGAAAGCAGGACUCCCUUGGUUCCCCCUGUAUGUAAUAAUGCUUUUUUCUUUACUUUUUACACUAGGUGUAGCUGACAGAGAUAAGGAAACUGUGUCAAGUCCCCCUAAAAUAGAAUUCUGCAUAGUACAGUCAACAGAAAACCACAGUGCACUUCUUAAAGGAAUUCCAAAAGAGCCGUUACGUAAACCUCUUGACCAACAAAUCUUGUUUGGUCGUGGUCAUUCAGCAGGGGUAUUCCUCAAUGACGAUACUGCUUCACGGGAACACAUGACACUUUUCAUGCAAACGAACCCAGCAACAGGUGAAAAUAUGUUUGUUGUAAGUACAGUAAGUGAGAGCAAGCCGGUGUUUAUUAAUGGCACACCCUUUUAUAAGAAGGCAGGCACCAGAGUUCUGCAAACAAAUGAUAAACUGAGAAUAGGGCAGCUUGAGUUUAUUGUCAAUAUCAUGCCAGGGGAUUCCAUGGAGUUUUACCAAGUUGAAUUUACAAAGGGAAGUAAAGGAAAUCUUCAACAGCUCAAUUUACAACAAGUUAAUUAUCCUCAGAUUCAAGGACAGGCAGGGAUUAACACACAGCCGAUCUUCCUGGCCAAUCACCCAGGUGCUGCCAUUUUGCCAAAUAACUAUGGUGUCCCUGUACCUGGUGCCCCUGUGAAUCCAGUGUUUAACAUGAACAUCUUAGCUGGUGGUGGCGUUACACAGUUUAAUCCCAUGGGAGCAGCAUUUCAAGGAAAUUCUGCAUCAUUUGCUGUACCACCUGUGCUAGUGAAUCCUGGAAUAGGCCAGGGAUCACUACAACAAUUUCCAUCUAAUCUGAGAUAUCAGGGCAUCACUCCUAGCUUUCAGCCUCAACAAGAGUCACAAUACCCAGGGAUGUAUCACCCAAUGACGCCUCAGCAGCAGAGAGUGCUAGCACAUGAUAGAAGACAGAUGUUUCACACAAAACUACCAUCUGAACAAAAUGAGCAUCCCAAACAAAUUGGGCCAGAUGGUGACUUCCAUGUGUCUAUAGAGGAAUCUGGGCUGCAAAAGACUAAAGACUAA